AUGGACUCUCCAGCAUGGCAAGUCGAAGAGAUGACAAUCGCCAAAUUCCAUGAACUACUCCGUAUAGACCCCUCCAUCGGCCCGGAGCUGGUAAACAAAUAUCUCUCAGCAAUCAAGCAGCACGACGGCACCCUCAAAGCCCUCAUCACCAUAAACAACACAGCCCUAGAAACCGCCAUAGAAAAAGCCACCGAAACACUCACCUUCAACCAAACCAACAGACCAUACCCACCAUUACACAGCGUACCCAUAAUCCUAAAAGACAACUACAGCACAACCGAUCUACCAACAAGCGCAGGCGUUCGAGCCCUCGAAAACCUUUACACAAAAGCCGACAGCCAAGUUGUCUCGCAACUACGCACUGCAGGAGCAAUAAUCCUAGCGAAAGCCAACCUCCACGAAUUCGCCCUGCAAGGAAUAACCCUUUCCUCGCUCGGCGGACAAACGCUGAACCCAUACGACAAGACCCGCACGCCGAGCGGAUCCUCUGGCGGGACAGGCGCAGCGCUAGCGGCGAAUUUCGGGCUCGCAGGGUGCGGGACAGACACGAUGAACUCGCUGCGGUCGCCAGCGUCUGCGUGCGGGAUUGUCGGGUUCAGACCGUCGACGGGGAGGGUUUCGUGUGUUGGGAUUGUGCCUGUUUCCCGGACUCAGGAUGUGGCUGGGCCGAUGGGGAGGAGUGUUGGGGAUGCCAGGAUUUUGUAUGGGGCUAUGAAGGGGCCGGAUAGGGGGAAUGGGGAUUCUGUGGAGGCAUCUGAAGGGGUACGGAGUAGCCGUCAAGUUCGAAUUGGGGUGUUGGAGGCUUAUUUCCAGCCUGAGGUGCAUGCAGAUGGAAGUGUGGAAUCGGAGUAUAUUGCCGAGAACCAGAUCGUGCAGGAUAUUAUCCGGUCGAGGUUGGAUAUGAUACAGGAACAAGAUGCGGAUAUCACCUUGGUAUCUAUUGCCCCAUCCAGUCAUCCAGAUUGGAGUUAUGGAACUCUGUUUUCGAAGGGGGAUACACAGGCUUUCGAGUUCAAGCAUUAUCUCGACGAGUUCCUGAAAUCGCCACUGGUUUCAUCAACACCUCACAGAUCCCUGGAAUCUAUUGCGCAGAGCGGGGAGUUCGAUCCAGAAGCCAUGACGCACGUUUUCUCUGCAGCACUGGAGGAUUCCGAGACAUUUUCACUGACGAGCGAGGCAUAUCGAAGUCGAUUGGAGUAUAUUUCUACUCUUAAAGAGUCUGUGAAUCAAUGUUUCGAUAGAUACGAUAUCGAUGCGCUGGUAUAUCCUCACCAGAGACAGCUCCCUGUGAAGAUUGGUGCGAAGAAGCAGUCUGGACGGAAUGGUGUUUUGGCUGCGCUGACGGGGAGGCCUGCUAUUUGUAUCCCUGCUGGGCAGAGCCCCAAGACUGCAUCUGCUGUGCUUGGUGUUCCUGUUGGGUUGGAGCUGAUGGGCCAGCGUUGGGGAGACGAUGAAUUGCUGAAUAUUGCAGAACGGGCUGAGAGGAUUCUGAAGGGUAGAGUAGUACCCGCUUUAUAUUGA